GUGACUCCAGAUCUGGGAGUGGACACACUAGUCAGCUGUUCUCCUCCCCUUCUCCACCCAGAAAAACCCUCUCAGCCACGAGGUGGUCUCUAAACAGAGCUCUCCAACAGAAAAGGCACAUCUUUCUGGGAUGAUAUUCGGGUUCUGAAUGCUUCCUGUGAUUGAGGAGUCGGCGUGGAAUGGAGGGAGGGAGGAGGGGAUAAAGAGAGGACUGGCCAGGGGAGAGAAGAAAAAAAAAGAAACAACAGGAAACCCAGAGAUUCUGACGCGGGUUCUGCAAAUCCUUCCCAGAUAAAGCCUCCGACUGCCACGUCUGAGCCAGCCAACACUCACACUGCAAGUUUCUGUCACUAUCAGCAGAGCAGAAGUUGAUCCCGAGGAGGGAGAGCGUGGAGAGUGACGUCACUUCUGCUCUCAGCCUCCUUCGGAGUGAGCGGAUGCAGAGGAGUCUUUUUUUUUUUGGUGGCUGGGAUGUCUAUGUGGCUGCCUUCUGACCGACAGGCUCGUCCACUCCCGGGGUCAUAUGGAUCCAUGUCUGCCCUCUCAAGAAGCGGAGCGUUCUGAUCGGCUGGACGACUGAGUGGAGCCACAUGAAGAAUAAAGGGACCAAGCAGAAGUCCAAGAAGAAAGGGAAUGACAAUGCUUUCGGCUGUGACCUGAUAGAACACCUUCAGGCUUCAGGACGAGAUGUCCCACAGGUUCUGCAGAAAUGUGCAGAGUUCAUUGAGAAACAUGGGAUUGUGGACGGAAUCUACAGAUUGUCGGGUGUCACCUCUAACAUCCAGCGGCUCAGGCAGGAAUUCAGCUCCGAGGCGUGCCCUGACCUCACAAAGGAAGUGUACCUCCAGGACAUCCACUGUGUGGGCUCCUUAUGUAAGCUCUACUUCAGGGAGCUUCCCAAUCCUCUGCUCACAUACGAGCUGUACGGCAAAUUCACAGAGACCGUUUCUGUCUGUGGGGAUCAUGAGAGGCUGCUACACAUCCAGAAGGUCAUCAAGGAGCUGCCCAGCCCACACUUCAGAACUCUGGAGUUCCUCACCAAGCACCUUGCUCGCCUGGCCACCCUGAGCGCCAAGACGAACAUGCACACCCGUAACUUGGCUCUCGUGUGGGCCCCUAACCUGCUCAGAUCAAAAACGAUCGAGUCCUCGGCUGGAAACGGCGACAUGGCCUUUCAGGAAGUACGGAUCCAACAGUCGGUGGUCGAGUUCAUUCUGAACCACACAGAGCAGAUCUUCAAUGACUCAGCAAUUGUCAAACCCAAAGAUGCUGAACCUUAUACUUCUCAAGGUCCACAUGUGAAGUGCGGAGAGAAGUAUGCCACGCUCCCGAUCAGCGGUCAGUGCGGCCCGAUGAAACUGAUGAGUCUGGAGGAGGCUCAGGCCCGAUCGCUGAGUCCCAAUCAUCCUGUCCACAAAGAACGCCAGCGAGAGAACAGCCUGCCGGACACCAGCAAAGCCGCUCUGUACCACACCGUCAUCGACUUGUCAGACAAGAGGAAGCUGAACGGAAAGUCAAGAAAGUGGAAGUCAAUCUUCAACCUGGGGAGGUCGGUGGAUUCCAAAGGCAAAUUGAGCAGAAACGGCAGCGUGUUCAUCAGGACAGGAUCAGCAGAGAAGACAGCGCUCCGCCCCUCCAGGAGCAUGGAGUCAUUGUGCUCUUUAACUACAGAUGAGGGCCAAAGUGGAAACAACAGUACAGCCAGCAGCAGUAACUCUAUUCAGAAUAUGAAAUCCAGGACCCUCGACUCUGACUCCCUCCACGACCUGAGCGAAAAUGACCAAAAGUGGGAUUUUAAAGGGAAGAAAUCUGGUGGCGCCACAGGUGGAUGGGGUAGCAUCAACCAGAAGAGCCCAGCUGGAGCUUCAGGGUCGCCUCAGAAAACCCUGCCAGAGCAACUGAAGGUGUUCAAAGGUGAUGACCUGAGAGGCAACCAGCCCACAUCUCCAAAGAACAGGAGGAUGUUGUACUCAGGCGCGUCCCAGAGCGGUUCCUCCCGGCCCUCAUUUCCGGGAAGCUUCUUCCCAUUGGAGUCUUCCCCGCGGCAUCAGCGCAGAGCUGUCAAUAUCUCUGAGCCAUUCGCCGUGUCUGUCCCACUGAGGGUGUCAGCAGUCAUCAGCACCAACAGCACGCCAUGUCGAAACCUCGCCAAGGACAAAGCAGCGACCCUCAAACCGUUCAAGGAGACGUCAGAGCCGAGCAGCAGCUGUGGAAAAAGCAACACAUUCCCACAGCUGGACUCCAAGAGGCAGGAAGGAACUGAGAAGAAAGAGACAGAGGAGCUGGUAGACAGAGUCCCAGGAGAAGCAGACACAAGCUCAAAAUCGGUGCAGGGAGAUGAAAAAUGGAUUUAUAAAACUGAACUGGACAAGCUGGCAAAUGUGACAGAAGAGAGGACGACAGGACCAUCUGCUGAGGAGCAACUGAACAACCAGUAUUCUCUUUUGAACCAGGUACAUCUCCAACGAACAACACACAACAAAAGGAAAUGCAACCAGUCUUGUAGCACACAGUCCUGACCCCACCACCAAAAA